AUGAUACUUGUCCUGAGCACCGACACGUCGUUCGGCGAUGUGUGGAUAGCUCCGAGGAAAAGGUCGAGAACAUUGCCCUGUGCGGAACGGCGAUUAUUAUCCCCCAAUGGGGAAGGCAAGCCAAGUAUUCUUUUUUCAGUGCUCAGAUCCGGAAGAUUUUCAGAGUUCUUUGGGAUCCCUGGCAGUACCGGUCUACCGAAACAAUAUUUCCAACUGCGGAGUCCUGUGCACCUUGAUGGCGACCUCCGUUCAUCCUCGGCUCACCACGGAUAG